AUGGAAGUGCUCGAGGAGGGAAAUUUAAUGGACCGCGUGCCCAUUCUGCUGCAGCGCGAUUUGGAGUUUUAUCAGACGCAUCAGCGCGUGCUGCAGGAGCCCAUCUGCUCGGGCGUGGUGGGCGGAAAACUCGACUUUCCGCGCUAUGCAUCGUUUGCAUCCAUAAAACUAAUUCGCUGGUGGGAGGAUGAAUACUUUGCUUCCUAUCGCAAGCAUUCGGGUCUAUUGCAUACCGAAAAGGAGCUGAACGAAUGCGAUUUCAGCAGCGUUACGGUUAAAACUUCUGAUCCGGAUAAGUUUGUAAGUUUGGUAACCAAGUCAGCAGAUCUCCUGUUGGAGCACAUACAUCGACUCUCGCAGGAGUCGUUGGAUCAUGCGGAUCUGUCCGUGCUAACGGCCACCAUUGGCGCCGCUGCAUUGGUCAAGAACUCGUUGAGCGUCUAUAUGCAGGCAGCCACGACAACCAUUUGCCCGCCCAAGGGUGACGAAAAGGGCGGCGCUCUGAAGUUGAGCUUCAAGCAAUAUGCCCAGAUGUCCGAGGCAUUGGCUGAACGCCUGCUGGAUCUGCACUGUCGUCUGUUGCUGCUGUAUAUCAUUCAGGACGCGGACUGUCUGCACUGGGAGGACACGCAGCCGUUCUUCGAAUCGGAACGCGGCUCGUAUACGGUGCAAAUGUGGUGGCACUAUAUGCGCGGCACCAAAGCCGAUCUCUGGAAUUCGGUGCCACCGAAAAUGGCACAGAAAAUCUUUGCUGGAAUGCUGAACGAGACACUCAGCGUGCUGACUGUGCGCUACACGCAGAUUGUGACAAGUGUUGCACGUGCCCAACUGCAUCUGGUGGACAUUUGCAACAUGCUGCUCUGCAUUGCCGAGCUGCUGCCCCAUGUCUGCGAGAGCGGCGAGGCCUAUGUGGGCCUUCAGCUUAGCAAUCAGAGCGUCAUCGUUAGGGAUAUUCAUGCCAAAUGCCGGGAACUCUUCUACUGCCUGCUGCUGCGUGGCGCGCCUCUGGGUGUGCUUUCCAAGGUCUUUCGCAAAGGCCUAGAUAACAUGGAAAUGUUUAGUUCACGUCAUGGUCUGCCAUCGGCCUGGAUUAUCUUUGCGUUGCCGCGGUACUUUCCCAAGGAGCAGUCCUGCCAGUGGGUCACAGAGUUUGCUGAUCUUACCACGAACACGGCCAUCUCCUUGGAUUUGCGUGUGCUGCUGGCCUUUCCCGAGGCGCAUUGGUCGUAUCUGCUGAAGAUCCUGCUCAUGCGAGAUGCCUAUCUAACGGGCAUCAUAAUGCGUCAUCUAAUGCAACAUUUGCCGUCAUCAGAGAAUUUCAAGAAUGUGGCCAAGCACUCGUUUACCAGCGCAGAGGGCGCUCCAUUAAAGUGUGAAGCUUUUCUGUGCCGUGGCGAGUGCUUCAAUGUCACCGAUUCCAUAGCAGCGGACAUAGAUCCCGUUGGGCAGUCCAACUAUCAAAUUGUGCUGUCCCUCACAUACCUGGUUGUGGCCGUGGGCAAGGCCGUCGAUAUCAAAUCCUGCCUGAUAAAGACGCUCGAGGAGCAUGCUGUGAGCGGCUGGAGCGAUUGCCUGGACAAGCGCCAGGUGUGGAAUCAGAAGCGCACACCUUGGCUAGAGGCCAUCAUGCACUUUGUUUAUCCAGUGCUCGACUGCGUCGUCGAGAUGCUGAUCAAUGCCGUCGAGAAUGGCGCCAGCAUGUAUCAGGCCAUGUCCUUGGCAUUGACGUGCAUCUCAGAGAUUUGGGACUGCAUGCCCGAGGGCUUGUAUAAGAUAACAGCCUUGCUACAGGAUAUAAUACCAGUCUCCACGCGUCCUCUGGGCGAUUCGGUGCUGCUGCAGGUGGUUUUUGCAGCGCUCUACACUGAGCUGAUAAAGACAGCCGAAGUGCAUGAGCAGGCUAAGAACGAGGAUAAGGCUGCCGUAUGCUACUCGCUGUCGGAGGCCAUUUGCUCUGUGGACGAGGAUGAUAAGCACACUGAUCAGAUCGAGCUGUUUCUUAAGCAGGCCAAGGAGAGCAUCAAUCUGGACACGGAUUUCGGCGGCAGCUGCGGACGUGGCGCUGGCGGCAUGAGCGCCGUCAGCACUGUCAAAAUGGACGACCUCGCCAUGAACAAUGCUGAAUCGGAGCGCUUGAGCCACAGUCCACCGGCUAACUAUGCCAUGGAAUUGGAUGUGGGCAUUGCUGACUAUAUAGCCGAGGUGCUGGCCAGUGAUGUGCUGACCACAAACAUUGGCAAACAGGCGCUCAAAGUGAUCUAUAAUUAUCUGAAGUUCAACAAGGAUUGGCUGCUGGAGCAGUUGGGCACGGGCGACAACGAGCCAAGUCCGUUUCAGGGCGUGCUGGGCCAGAACAUAAAGGAGGCCAAGACCUCAGUGCUCAAGUCCAUGUUCUUCAUAGGCAAUACGCCGUUUGAUCAACUGCUAACGGGCUCGCUGAAGAUCGACUAUGUCAGCUGGCUGCAAAUGCCGCUGUCCCUCAAUCCGGAACGAACGUGGCUGCAUCUGGCGCGUCGCUGCGAUUUCCAGGAGGACAGCAAGCUGGCCCUGCCCGAGGUGGCCAUGGUGGCUGGCAUAAGUAAGAUAAUGAAACGCCGUAAAGACUUUGCCAAAUGA